AUGUCUCCAAACAUGUUGAUUAUGUCCUCCAGUCUCGCCAUCGUGUUUACACUCCUCACUUUCCCGCUAGCCACAUCUCUCCUUCCUUCUCCUCGAAAACUCCAAUGGGCCAACUCACACGUGACAAUAGCUGUAAAAAUAGCUUUCUUUGUAAGCCUCCUCCCGUUAGCUCUCUACCUCCACGAAGGCUCAGAAACAAUCAUUACUAUCUGAACCUGAAUAAAUACUAACUCAUUUAGCAUUAAUAUCGGCCUAAAACUUGACUUCUACUCAAUCAUCUUCGUCCCCAUUGCCCUUUACGUAACCUGGUCAAUUCUAGAAUUUGCCUCUUGAUACAUGCACGCAGACCCACAAAUAAACCGUUUUUUUAAAUACUUACUAACAUUUCUCAUCGCGAUAAUUAUUCUAGUCACCGCAAACAACAUGUUUCAACUAUUCAUCGGCUGAGAAGGUGUCGGUAUUAUAUCCUUCCUUCUUAUCGGCUGAUGGUAUGGCCGAGCAGAUGCUAACGCCGCGGCACUGCAAGCCGUAAUCUACAACCGGGUUGGAGAUAUCGGCCUUAUCUUCGCCAUAGCAUGAAUAGCACUCAACCUAAACUCCUGGGACUUAGAACAACUAUUUGCAGCCUCUAAGAACAUAGACCUAUCUUUCCCACUUCUAGGCCUUAUCGUCGCAGCAACUGGUAAAUCAGCCCAGUUUGGACUUCACCCCUGACUACCCGCCGCAAUAGAAGGCCCGACACCGGUAUCCGCCCUACUUCACUCAAGCACGAUAGUUGUCGCAGGAAUUUUCCUACUAGUCCGAAUGAGCCCGCUCCUGGAAAACAACCCCAUAGCCCUUACAACCUGUCUAUGCCUCGGAGCCCUCACAACAUUAUUUACCGCAACUUGUGCUCUUACCCAGAACGAUAUCAAGAAGAUUAUUGCAUUCUCCACAUCUAGCCAAUUAGGACUAAUAAUAGUUACUAUUGGACUAAACCAACCACAACUUGCAUUCCUCCACAUCUGCACACACGCCUUCUUCAAAGCCAUGCUAUUCUUAUGCUCUGGGUCUAUUAUUCACAGCCUAAACGACGAACAAGACAUCCGGAAAAUAGGGGGAAUACAUCACCUCACCCCCUUCACAUCUUCUUGCUUAACUAUUGGCAGCCUCGCCCUCACGGGAACCCCUUUCCUAGCCGGCUUCUUCUCCAAAGAUGCAAUUAUUGAAGCAAUAAACACAUCCCACCUAAACGCCUGAGCCCUCGCUCUCACCCUCCUAGCCACGUCUUUUACAGCAGCUUACAGCUUUCGACUGGUAUUCUACGUCUCGAUGGGUCAACCCCGAUUCACACCCAUCACCCCUAUUAAUGAAAACAACCCAGCACUUAUUAACCCAAUCAAGCGACUCGCCUGAGGAAGCAUUAUUGCAGGACUCCUCAUUUUCUCCAACAUCUCCCCAUUAAAAACCCCGGUUAUAAGCAUACCUCCAGCCCUCAAACUAGCUGCCCUUGCAGUCACAAUCUCAGGCCUUCUCGUCGCUAUAGCAAUUGUCGCAAUUGUAAACAAGCCAUCUCAACCAGCACCCUAUCGCAACCCCCACCACUUCUCCCUAAUACUAGGCUUUUACCCCCACAUUCUACACCGCCUAGCCCCAAAACUCGGCCUACUCCUAGGUCAGUCUAUUGCCAGCCAAAUAGUCGACCAAACCUGACUAGAGAAGACAGGACCCAAAGCAAUCUCAUCAUCCAAUAUCCCCCUGGCCUCCGCCACAAGCAACAUUCAAAAGGGAAUGAUCAAAACAUUCCUCCUUUCAUUCGUCCUCUCUCUUGCCCUAAUAAUUCUUAUUUUUACUAUUUAA